UUUUGUAAUUCUGACUCAUUCUCUCCUCCUAAUACUCAGUUCUACCACCGAUAAUUAUAAUCAUAUCACUGUAUCUCUUCUACGUUUUUUUUUUAAAUAGAGGAGAGGUAUAAGAUUAUAAACAUCUAAGCUGAAAAAAAAAAACAAAAAAUAGGUUGGUAGAGACUAGAGAGGAAGGAGAGAUCGAAUUGGCGAGCGAAAGGGAUACCAGUACCCCACUCAUACAGCAAUACUGUUUUAGAGAGAGAAACCAGAUAGACAUUGUUGUUGGUGUUGUCUUUCAACUUCACCAUUUUGUGUGUGCUGUGUUAAUCAUUUAUUCCUUUCGUUGUUUUCUGGUUCUCUGAACCCUCCAAUGGCGACUUCAACGCCAUAUCUACUCUUCAUAUGCAUAUGUGCCGUAUAUGCGCUACGACGCGUCUCAUCAUCAUCAAUCUCCAUGUGCCCUCACCAAUCAUCUUUGUUUAUCAACGCUCUCCGAUUUCAGUGCCCUCUCUCGUUUCCCCCCAAUUCGCCUCUCCAGGUAGAUGGAGACUUCCUUGACAGAACUUUGACUUCUAUACGGGGGAAUGUGCAAACUUCUGUACUCUUCUAUGCGUCAUGGUGUCCAUUUUCACGCACUGCCCAUUCAAAAUUUGAAGCCUUAGCUUCCAUGUUUCCUCAAAUUGAUCAUUUGGCAGUUGAACAAUCUUCAGCCAUGCCAAGUGUAAUUUCAAGAUAUGGCAUUCAUGGCUUGCCCACUAUAUUAAUUGUGAACCAGACAUCAAGAACAAGAUUUUGUGGUUCAAAAGAUCUCCGCUCCCUUGUGAAAUUUUACGAGAAAACCACAGGCUUUGAACCAGUUCAAAAUGCCCAUGUGGCUCAACCUAUCAAAUUGAGGAACAGUGAAAAGUUUGUUAUGCAGUCAUGGACCGGGUCAUCACUAAAUAAGAUAUUAGCAAGGGAGCCCUACUUAGUUCUCUCUACCUUGUUCAUCUGUUUAAGGAUACUUGUACAUGUAUGCCCUAAAGCAAUGUCUCAUUUUAAAGGUUUCUGGGUAUCAUUUGUAUCCCAUUUCAAUAUGGAGAUGUUUGGAGGGGGGAGCCAAAUAUUGGGGCGUGUUGUUCACUUGAUUGAUGCGAAGCGGGCUUGGACCAAGCUGAAACUAUGCAAGACCAGGAACUUUCAUGAUGGUGCAAAGAAUGCCAGAGUUUGGGCUUCUUCCUUGACUUCUGUCUCCCUAGGUGAAGCCUCAUCAUCCAGGUCAUGUUCAUAAGGUGGAUCUCGCAAUUAUUGUAUCGGGUCAAAUUGAGAGCAAGUAUGUCGAAGUUUCUCAAGUCAGGAUAUUACAAACCGCAGCGACCGGGACAGGUAGUCUCUCUACACACUACCUCCAAAUCCUUUUGAUAAUUUUUCUAAUUUAACCUAUCCUAAAUUUUAUUAUUAGUGAUGAUAGCUGAAGCUCUUAUGUGUUUUGGGUUGCUUCUUGUAUGAAGGAAGUGAACAGCCAUGUAUUAUGAACAGCUACCCUUUUGUAUAUUAUUUGCUGUGGGUUCCUUGUGA